CUUGUUUGAGCUACAUUUGGAAUAUGCUAAAACGAUGACGAUAUAACAAGCAUAGGAGAGGAGGAAGCCUGCGUCUUUUUUAGGUAAUGCAAGCCAGCUGCCGUUGGAGGAAAAGCAGCCGAAUGGCAAUAUAUUGGAAAAAAUAAUUUAUGUAAAUAUCAUAUUCAUAUCGAAGUAAAGAAUGUGUCGUCCAAAUAUGAAAUUCAUAUCUAUGAACCAUUGCACAUUUUCUCAAGUAGUAAGUCCUUAACCUGCAGCAAAAAAAAAAAAAAGGGAGUGAAAGUUCAGCUAAGUCAGGUUGAAGUUGUUCUUCAAAUGUUAAUUACUUAACUCGCCAACUUGUUUACGCAGAAGCUGUUACUUUAUUGACUUAUAGUCAAAACUAUUAGCCCUCAUUAAGGAAUUGUCCAUUCAUUGUUUAUCCCACAUUACAGGUACCAUUAUUAAAUAUGCAAAAAAGUCACGUGACGGACGCUUUAUUUCAACCAAACCACCUGUGAGAAUUCCUUGUCGUUUGUGUGUCGUCCCACUAUCGACCCAGAGCAUACCCACUUUGUUCUACUCAAUCUGGAAGAUUCCGUGAAUCCAGCACUYAAGGACCGGUUUGCUAAUAUCCAUUUGCCACAACACUUCUCCCAUCGGUGGUCGGUCUUCGUAAGCCGCCAUGGAUCCCAUCAGGGAGGAAGACGAUCAAGUAGAUUUCAAGCAGGCACUCAACUUUGAGCUAGAGGCCCUAAAAGAAGGAAUCUAUAAGCGUGACUUGAAGAUAACUGAACUAGAAGACAGCUUUAACUAUGAGAGGGAGAAGAGUGAUAAACUUGCCGAGCUUCUGAAACUCGAAGAGGCGCGGAAUGAAGCAAGCGAGGAGACCAUAAAAAAAUUGAAGACGAAGCUCGAAGAAACAGAUGAUUUGAUGCGGGAACUCAGAGAUCGCUUUGGAGCGAAUGUUGAAGAGAAAAACGUGACGGGGUCCUCUGAUGAAUUACAUUCUAGGAUUACUGCAGGAGAAAAACCUAACAAGGAACUGCAGAAUGAGAUGGCAAGGUGGAAAAGUUGCUGUGAGGAUCUGGAAUCGCAGUUGUCAAAAGAACGUGAAGCACUGCAAGAAGAAAAGCUACAACACGGACAAACUAAAUUCAAACUUGCUCAAAGUGAAGAACUACUGAGAACCUUUAGAGAUGAGGUUUAUAAUGGCGAGGAAGGAGGAGAGAGAUUCAAUAAAGUUGUCAGUGGUUUAAAGGCAAGUAUCGAUGUCCAGAGCGAAAGAAAUAUCGAGUUGAACCAGGAACUUCAACGCAUCAGGAAAGAUGCUGAAGAUGGCGACAAGUUGCUCAAAUCUUUACAAGAAAAAGCUGAAAAAGACCAAAAGUUGAUAGAGGAGCUAAACAACCAAAACGAGCGAGAAUACCAGAAGAAUGAGAAACUGAGAGGAGACAUACAGAGACUAAAAAGAGAUAUUGAUAGCUGGAAGAAGAUACAGUCUGACAUGAAGACCCAGUACCAGGACCUGAGAGCAAUGUACGAUGGUGUCUGCAAACACGCUGACGAACAGAAACGAGAAAUGUUAGAAAUGAAGCUGUUGAUGGAUCGGGAUAAAAGAUCUAUUGCCAGGCAACGGGAUGAGAUUGACAAGCUGAAAGGUCGUGUUGCGUCUCACAAGCAGACGUACGACGACCUCAAGAGUAAAUACGAUGAAAACUUUAAACUUUUGGAAGAGAAAAAAUACGAAACUCGUGCGUUGGGAAGUCAGCUCCAAACUGCUAAAAAGACAGUCGGUGAGCUGCAAACGUCGAAUAAAGAUUUGAAAAAGAGGAGUGAUUUUUCACAAAAGGAGUUGAUCGAGAAGCACAAGCUUCUGAUGCAAACGGAAGAUAAUGUAAAGGAUCUUGAAAGCGCCUUGGAAGAGAAGAAUUCUGAGGUUGAAGAAAGCCAAAAGUUGAUGAAGGAGGCUAUGGAGAAGGCGGAGAAACAUAGUCAAGAGGCAUCGAAUAAAGAGAAAGAUUUACUAGACAGAAUUGCAUUGAUACAGAAUCUGCAAGGACAGAUACAAGCACUGAAUGAAGAUGUGAAAACCAGGCAAGGAGAAGAGGAAAGACUCAAGCAAGUUAUAGAAGACAAAGACAACACAAUAGAGAGGAGAGUGAAUGACCUUAAAGACAAAGAAGUCGCUAUUUGUGAACAAGAACAGAAGAUUCUUGAGCUGGAAAGACUUGUUGAAGGAAUGGAAAAACUACAAGAAGCAUACAAAGGCGAGCUGAAGAGAAUAGAGGCAGAUAUCUCAGAGAAAGAGACAAAUAUGGAUGAAUUUGCCAAGCAGAUCGUAGAAAAGGAUAACGAAAUAUUGGAAGCAAAAAGGAAGUUUGAAGAAUUGACGAACGACUUGAAAGCCAAGCAAGAAGAGUUUGAACGUAAAAGAGGUAAAGAAGACGGAGAGAAAAGAGAACUGAAAGACAAAGUUGAAGAUUUGCUGCAAGUUAAAGAAUCCAAGGACGGACAAAUUCAACAGUUGACUGAUGAGUUAGAGGAAGAAAGAAAACGCGUUCAUCUGCAAAAUCAGCUCUUGAAAGAACUGGAGUUGAAGUUUGAAGCUGAGGAUAUGACGAUGAUUGAAUAUGAAGAAAAUCUGAAAAAGAAAAGUGAUGAGAUUAAUGAACUAAAAAUGACUUUGGACGAAAAGGAUAGAAUCAUGGAAGAGUUGAAGAGAGAGCUAGAAGAGUCGGCAAUUAUCCAAGUUUACUUGCAAGAGAUUGAAGACUUGAACAAGGCACUCCGAGAGGAGAAAACACAAACGGAUGAGCUCAAACAGAAGUUAGAAAACAUCCAUGUGAACGGAAGUGAAGAUGUUUCAAGGGUCGAAGAAGAAAAGAAAGAAGUAAUGUUGCAGAUGACCAAAGAAUUGAAGCGUGAACGACAAACAAGUCAAUCUAUGAUUAACGAUUUGAAAGAAGACAUAAGAAUCUUGGAAUGCAGUCUUGAAAAUGAAAAGGAAAGGUCGUUGGCAUUCGAGCGAGAGUUGGAUUUGAGGGAUAGACAGUUAAAGAAUGAACGGGAGAGCCUUCUUCAACACAUCGAAGAGCUGCAAGUACUUCUUACCGAAGAGAAAAAGGAGAAACAAGAAUAUAAAGACAAGAUUGACGAGUUAGAAAAACACAUUCGAGACAGUACGAGGAAACGAGAGAGUGAACUCGAAGAGUACGAAAAUAAACAUUUGCAGAUUUUGGCGGAGAAGAAGAGCAGCUUGAUUCUCGACCGACAAGAGAAGAUUGAAGAAUUGAAGAAAGAGAUGGACAACAAGAAAGAACUCUUGUUUGAAGCAGAUAAACGUCUUAUAGAAGCUAACAAGGCUAGAGAGGUCGAACAAAACGAGGUGAGAAUUUUGAUGGAAGAAAAGGAUAAUUUGAUCGCAAGUUUGAAGCGUGAAAACUCCGAACUACGAAAAAGAUGGGAGAAAGAGACUCAAUGGAUGGAAGAAAAUAUGCUGAGACAGUCACAAGCGGUAACUGUUGCAUCUGAAAGUGAAGAUCAAAUCAGCACCAAGCCAUCUACCGACUGUCUACAAGACGAAGCGAUAAUUCUUGAAGCUCAAAAUGACGCCAUCCAGAAAAUAAAGCAAAAAAUACACUCAGAUUUCAACCUUGAUAAAGUUUUGCCACAUAAUGAGCAAACAGAAGAAUCAUUUUUGGACGCACUGUACGAAGAAAAUCAACAGCACAGCCAAACUACAGUAACCAAAGCAGAGAAGCUCCGGACAUUGCUCCAAAAGUUAGCUAUCGUUCUAGUCCUAUCGCCUCUUGCUUACUGUUUGUCCUGCAAAUUUUGUCUUACAUUUGGAGCUGUUUUGGUGCCACUUUUGUUCUUUAUCUAUCAGAAGCCCUGGAAAAACGCAAGCGAACAGGAGAAGACUUUACAUGAUGCUCUAAAUGGCCUCACUUUGCGCUUUGCAGCCGAGUGCUCUGAAAAUGGAAACCUCCGCAAAACGAUUGAGAACUUAAAGCAACAAAGCAGAAAUGGUGCAGAUUUGAGAAGAGAUGAUGUGGAAAAUAACAAUGAAUAUAGUCCAAGACCCAAAGAAACUCAAGGUGCUUGCAAAUGUAACCAUCAUUGCGAAGAGGAGUUUGCUAAUGAAAGAAAAAAAUUAAUCGACGAACUAGAGAAACAGUCAAAAGAAGAACAUGAAAAACAGAAAGAAGAACUGCUGCGCAUCAAACAGAAGCAGGAAAGCGACAGGCGACGUCUGCAGAGACAGCAAGCCUUGAUUGACAAGCUUGAAGUUAUUCUACAAGAGAAGGAGAUCAAAUCACGUCUUGGUCAGUUCUGGGGCUACGAGGAGUUAAAGAUGGCCAUCCACAGGCUGAAACAUGAACGGGAGUUAGAGAAGAAUAAAUUCGAGGGAAGCAGUGAUGAAGGGAUACAGAAAAGGGUUGCUGAGGUCAUCGACGAAGCAGUUAGCAAAGAGAAGAGGAGAAAGUUUGAGGCAUUGGUUGUUGCUGUAUUCUUUUCUGCAGUUCUCGUGGUCUUGUUUUCCUUGAAUUCAUGUUCGAUAUUGCCUUUAGCAUCGUCUGCCAUGGUUGCUGCUUGCUCGGUCUUCUAUGCCAUACGAUCGUGGAGGGAGAUAGAGUACUUCAAGAAUAAGCUGCAGUCUGAGAAAAACCUCGUCGAAGCUCAAAGCGCAGAGAUCAAAGAACUCUCAGUUCUCAUGGAUAGAGAGUAUGAUGUGGUAAGCAAGCAAAAACAAGCGAUUGAAGUCCUCGAGCGAAGACUGAACGACGAGUACAAAAAGAAUAAAGAUCAUCAACUGACAAUAGCUAGACUGACUUGGGUAUUUCAAGAAAGCGAAGAAAUGAGAAACCUUGUGCAUCGUCUUAAAGACCCGAAUGGAAUGGAUACAAACCCGGAGCUACGAAAACUGGCCGAAGAUCAUGCGAGGGAUAAGUUUUCCGUGUUCAAAAGCAUGCAACGGCAACUUGAAGAGCACAGCUCACACACAGAGGAACAGAGAAAAGCUAUCGAUGAUCUUAAAAGCGCCACAAAUGUCAUUGUUCAUGCCGCUGAAAAACAGAUGUCUGAUUUGAAGAGUCACAAGGAGAAUAGACCCAAAAAUAAGACAAUCAAAAAGGUGUUGGGAUGGAAAUCCUUGCUAUUGGCCCUUGCAGUUGUCUCUAGCUCAGUGUCCUUUGUCAUCGGUGAGAAGACCUUUGCUGCCGGCCUGCCUCUAGUAUUUGCGUUCAUCUUUGGUGUCAUCAAGAUAGUGAAAGGACGAAAAAAGAUCCAGCAAUCGAAUGAUUAUAACUUUUCAGAAAAAAGGAAAGAAAGACCAAACUUGCAGCGACCAAUUUCAAGUAUCGAGCAGUAUGGCUAUGAUGUUAUCUACGUCGCCGCCUUAGCAGUCUUGUGCUAUUACUUCAAGUCCCUAUCAUUGUCGGUUGCUGUUGCUACGUUUGCCGUAGUCAUGGUGAUUCGCCUGGCAAUCUACUUGUUUUAUCGACGCAGAAUAAUGCGAGAUAUGUCCUCGUGGAACGACGUGGUGGAAGAUUUAUGGAGCCAAAUCCACGAGAGAACACAGCUUAUAGAUGUGCAAACUGAGGAAAUUCAAACUCUCAAACAGUUGCUAGAAGUAGAAAGAAGUUACAGUAGACAUACAGAAAGGUUGUUGAAGGAAGCAAAGGGAGUGAGCGAUGAAGGUUUUGUCGAUGUUGCCGAAGCUGAGAAGUUGAGGAAGAGAGCUGAUGAACUGGAGGCUGAAGAUGAUCGCCUCGUUAACUACGAGCUUGAUGAAAUGAAGAUUUUCCUGGAGGAGGAGAAGAAAACCAAUGUGCAGCUUAGAAAAACCUUGGCAGAAGUUGAGGAAGUUAAGCGGGUGUUGAACAAUGAAGUCACGAACCUAAAGCGCAAGCUUGAAAUGGAGCAAAUUCGUAGGAAGGAGUUAAACAUCUCCAAAGAAGAGGAAGGUCUUCUCAAGGACCGUAUUGAGGAGCUUAUUGAAGACUUGGAAGCCGAGCAGAAAACAAAACAGGAACUGAGUGCGCAGCUUAUUGAGGAGAGAAGUUGUCGCGAACUUAAACAGAUUGAACUAGAAGAUCUCAAAGAGAAGAUGAGAGACGAACAGCACAUGAAUCAAAAUCUAAGAGAGCAGGUGCUGCGUCUAGCACGCAACGACGAAGAACCAAAAGAAUUGCGAAAGGAAUUGUCUGCGACACRAAUAGAACUCGAAGAAGAAAGACUAGCUACACAGAGGCAGAAUCUGACGCUGAUGGAAGCCAUUCAUAAAAUACGAGAACAUAACUUAGUCCUGCGAAGACAAGUUGAAGACCUGAGGGGAAGCGUGACGGAUGAUGUCAUGAUGCAACAGCUAAAAGAACAGAGUGAUGUCCAGCAAGAGGACAUUGAAAAUCUGCAGACGUUACUGGAAGGAAUCAGCAGCACCAAGAAAGCGCUGAAAUAUCAAGACCUCAUCGAAGAACUACAGACUCUUCGUCAGAAGAUCGGCACAGAAGACCAACCAUCCUCGGAUUCACGAGUGCUUCUCGAAGAACUCGAACUCGAAAGAGAGAAAAAUAAAAUCCUGGAAGAAGCAGUAGAAGAACUGCAGCGACAACAGCAGGAUCAGCGCAAGAUGUUCGAGUAUGAGAGGAGAAGAUCUAUUGAACUUGCGAGACAGUUAUCUGGUGAGGACAUACCAAUGAUGGUGGAAGAAGAAUCCAAUGACGAGAUCGAAGACACGCGUGGAGUGUUGUACUGGCUGGGUACGAAUGGUGGUUUGACUGACUGGAAGAACCCAGGAGAAAGCGGAUUGAUCCUAAUCAGCCGAUCCUCGUACGGCCAUGGCAGAGCAACAGACGUUGCUAACCGCAAACCAUCCUGGUGCAGCACAAGUAACAAGCCAAACCAAUGGUGGAAGAUAGACUUUGGUGACAAACGACUCGUGGUCCCCACCGCUUAUAGUCUGCGACACGGUUGGAGCGGCAACGCCGGUGCUUUGAGGAGCUGGGUCUUCGAGGGGUCGAUUGAUGGGCGUAAAUGGACGGUACUACGUCACCAUGACAACGACGAUACCAUCAAGACUGCCUAUGGGUUUGGUUACUGGAAGAUUCCUAAUCCUAAUGAAACGGGAUUUCGAUAUGUGCGCGUGCGACAAACGGGUCCCAAUUCAAAUGGAAGACAUGCCCUGCGCUUAUGUGGAAUUGAAGUCUAUGGCAAACUUCUCAUAGAGUAACUAUGAAACGCAAUGAUUUYGUUUUUUAAAUUUUAUAAAUUAACGCCGGUGAUUCUCGGGUUUUUGUGGCCCGUGUUCUCGAGGGACAGUUUCGAUCGGUAUCCGAUUUUAUUCCGAUUCCAUUCCGAUACCUUUCCGAAAUUCUUACAAGUACUGAACCAUGUUGAGGAAUAUCCUAAUUGUAGACUCCUAAUAAGCCUUUUCAUAGUUUAAGAAGCGAUUCCACUGCGCAUGCGAUUUUAUCCCGAAUU